AGCAAUUCGAACAAACCUCUUAUGUUAUGUUAUGCAUUUCAUGUGCGAGGCCCUUUACAUCAUGCCCUUGUCUUUCUACCAUGUGUGAAGAGUGAUACAAAAUGACAACAUGGCAUUUUAGCUGUGUUGACUUGUGUAAUGGUUGAAAGGUUGAAUCGUAAAUUAUUACACAGUAUCAUCUAUACAUACGUUGCUGGAAAGCGGUUUAUUGAACACUUGUUAGAGUUGCACAAAAUAAACUAGACAAAUUGUGAAAUGACAAUUAAUGUACAAGAAAUGCAUAAUUUAAAUCAUGACAUCGAUGGAGAUUAAGGAUGCACUUGCAUUAUCGGCAUCAAUUUGUACUGUUUUACAGUUUCUAGCUGGCGUAUUGGUAUGCAAGAAAUAUAUUAGAAAUGGUACAACUGGAGAUAGCUCGGGAUUGGCCUUUAUGACAUGUUUUAUGUCUUGUAGUUUGUGGCUAAGAUAUGGAAUACUUAUUAGAGAUUCGUUUAUUAUAUCUGUAAAUAUAUUUGGAACAAUAUUACAAAUAUGUUAUGUAUUAAUUUAUAUCUUUUACAAUGUAAAGAAGUCAACUACUAUUAAGCAGUUUGCAGUAGCGACUUGUUUGGUUUCGCUUGUGUAUCUCUAUAGUAUUUAUCAAAAGGACAGAGUUUUAGCUGUGAAACAUGUAGGAUUUCUUAGUUGCAGUUUGACUAUAUUAUUCUUCGCAUCACCAUUAAUAUCACUUGCACAUGUGAUAAGAGUGAAAAGCACAGAGAGUUUACCAUUUCCAAUUAUAAUGGCAUCUAUGAUAGUGUCCUGUCAAUGGUUUGCUUAUGGAUGUCUAAUCAGUGACCAAUUUAUACAAAUACCAAAUUUCAUGGGUUGCGUUUUGUCAGCUUUCCAAUUUUCUUUGUUCUUGAUUUAUCCAAGCAAACGAGCAGAUCAAGUUUAUUUUAUAUGAGAAAAUUAAUUGUUUUUAUUCUAUGGAUUAAAGAGAUUUAUGAAUACUGUACGUGAGAAGUAUUAGUAUAUAUUGUAAAUCAAUAAUUUUCUAUAAAGGGGUAUAUUUUUAUUUUAUA